GCCGCAAACAGUUCCUCAGUUUGAACAUUAUCCAUUUUGGUCAAGUUGGCUGUCGCUCUCUAGACGCCAAAAGCAAACAUUCAAAAAGGCAAAAAGGGAACGAUUAAAGCUGUGUUAGGCAUUCUUCGCUCGUGUGCUAAAGCUUGACGUCUUGGAUUAUGAAGAAACCAGUCCGAGUCUGGUCUCAAGAUAGGAGAGAACGUCAUGGAAUAGUUGCUGGCACUUUAGAAGAAGUAAAAACCAAGGGAGCUACAAAAUUGAACUAUUCUGAUCCCUCUUCUCUCACCGUUGUUCUAGAAGAAGAUGGGACUCAUGUUGAUGAUGCUUAUUGGGAGACUUUAACCCCUGAUACAAGACUUAUUGUACUACGCCCUGAUGAAGUUUGGAAGCCGUCUCCCUUACCUGUACCUAGUAAUGUAUUUUUUAUUGGCGAUGAAACAGAUAGUUCCUCUGAAGGUCAACAGAGAGCUUUAAACCUUUUUGCUGCACUGCAGCAAAAUCCAGCAUCUGUAGCCUUGCUCAGUCUUUCUGAUCUUGAAGUUCUCAAGGAUGCAAAUUUAAGUGCACCUGAGUUUUCUAAACUCAGUGCACAAUCCUCAGUGGAGUUGCAGGAGCUAUGCAUUGAGUUUUAUGUGAAGAAGAAGAAAGAAGCAGAAGCUCUUGAGUUAGUUGAUCUUUUGAAGGAAAACCUCAUGGGUGAUAAAAGUUAAGUUCUGUAGCAUUAUGACAGUUUCCAGUCACUGCCAGUUAAAAUCAUAAUAUACGGUAUACUUGUACUGCCAAGUCACAUUUUGACCAACUGCCAUCAUAUUUCUCCAAAUGCUUGGAUCUUUUGUAGAUCCAAUGGACCAAUACCAAGCCAUAUUUUAGCUUUUAGAAUUCUGAGUACUAGUACUAUGCGUAUGAUUGCCAAUGGUAGAUAACUUGAGGUGUUUAGUAAUGCUUAAUACAGCUGUAUAUUUACCACUCUUGCACUUGUCAUUAGCAACUUUUGUACAUUUCUGUGUAUUUCUCUCAAGGUGGAUCAGGUGAAAAUGUAUGCAUGUGGUUUACUUGUCAUGCAUUUUAAUAUUAUUGCUCAGUACACAGUCAGAUUUUGCCAUUGCACAUUAUCAUGACAUUUGCAUUUAGUAUCUAAUUAUCUAAGGUGGAUGUUUUAAAAAGGAUCCUUGGAAAACAUCUCGAGUUGAAACUUAUAGCAAUGGAAGAGAUAAUGUGCUGUGUAAGAUCGCUUGUGGGUUCCUCAGCAGUGCUUUUGCAUGCAUAGUUUAUUUUUGGGAACUGUAGCACAUCUUGGUUAUUCAGCACAGCAGAUAUGUAGAUAAUUUCCAUUGGAUUAAUUUUUAGAUGUUUGUCAAGAUAAAAGUAAAUAUACACAAUAUUUAUUACCUUAUGGUAUAUCUAUACAUUAACCAGGUUGACUGAAUUAUUUUAUAAAAGUAUACAAUUAAGCCUUAGGCUGUGUUUAUACAGGCAGUGAUUUGGCAUGUGCAGGAGCAGGUUUAUGCUUAUGGUGUGAGAAUCACAGGUUGUUCACACAGACAUUGUAGGCUAACCAAAGCAGAAGCUUGUUAGUGUGUAGCCUUCAUUUGUAUGGCAUCACCUUUUUAUGUACUCUGUGAUGGUAUUUAUAUUUUAUUGUAUUUUUAUAAUUUCUGCAAUAUUUUGUUCUUAAAUCUAGUACAUAUAUACCUACA